AGCGGAGCCCCCCGAAGGAGGAGGGGAGGGGAGGGGAGGGGGUGGUCAGCGAGCCAGCCCCCGGCGACCGAGGCCCCGCGUCUGAGGGAGGGGGGAGGGAGAGAAGAAGAGAAGGCGAGGGUCGUUCGUUCCGUUCGUCCUCUGGCAGGCCGUGGGGAAUUUUGCAUACUUGUCUGCCUCGGCUCGCCAUUCUGCAUCGUGUGUGUGUGGGACUGAGGAGGAGCCAUGUACACACCGCAACCUAAAUUUUGGUUCUAGAGCUCGUGGCGUGGAUCUGGCUCUCUGGCUCUCGCUUUCACUGACUGACUUCCCGAGGAGUGGAUGGUCCCCUCGCUCUGACAUACCUGAGGUCCAGUGCUGUCGUCUCGUCGCGUCCACUGUCGUGAAUUUGUGGGUGCUCGUUUACGUGCCGUCCGCACUCGGGACGCCUCUGGGAUGCUGGUUUUGGCUUAGUGGAAUCCACGCGCAGGUGCAGACGAUCGGCGAAUGGGUUGUUAAUCGGGAUCGCCCGCUCGCUGCUGAUCGAUCUGGGGUGUUUUUGGCGGGGAGAGUGUGUGAAUUUCCCGAGUUGCCCAUGUGGUCGGGUUCGAGGUGGAUAAGAAGCAGGACGAGGGAGGGGGUCAUGAGCAGCAAUUGCACAAUUUGAGAGCAGAGGAUCGGUCGGACGGAGGGAGAGAGAGAGGGAGGGAGGGAGAAGAGGUGCUUGUGGGCAGCAGGCAGAGAGGUUGUAGAUACCAUGGCUAAGCUCAGGGCUUCUUCUCUUCCUCGUCAGUGGUCACAGCUCAGAUCUGCGUACCAGGUCUUGGGCGGACAAUCGAGUCAUCCACAGAUCGCUUCGCCCGAUUUGCAUUGCUUGGAUGGGCAACGGAAGCGCUCCAUCACGUACAUGCCCAGGCCUGGGGAUGGAACGCCGAGGGCUGUGACACUUUUGCCCGGCGAUGGCAUAGGACCCUUAGUUACCGGAGCAGUGGUCCAAGUCAUGAAGGCCAUGCACGCCCCUGUGUAUUUCGAGACCUACGAAGUAUCGGGUAAAAUGGACAAGGUGCCGCAAGAGGUUAUCGAUUCUAUCAGGAAAAACAAAGUUUGUCUGAAAGGAGGUCUCGCCACUCCCGUAGGAGGUGGAGUGAGUUCGCUCAACGUCCAGUUGAGGAAGGAAUUAGAUUUGUUUGCUUCUUUGGUGCACUGCUUCAAUCUGCCCGGUCUCAAGACACGCCAUGACAACGUCAACAUUGUGGUAAUUCGAGAGAACACGGAGGGAGAAUAUUCUGGAUUGGAGCACGAGGUGGUCCCCGGCGUCGUUGAGAGCCUUAAGGUGAUCACAAAGUUUUGUUCGGAGCGCAUUGCAAAGUACGCAUUUGAGUAUGCUUACCUGAAUGGGAGAAAGACAGUUACGGCAGUCCACAAGGCCAACAUCAUGAAGCUUGCAGAUGGACUAUUUCUGGAAUCAUGCCGAGAAAUUGCAAAGAAUUAUCCCAGUGUCAAGUAUAAUGAAGUUAUCGUCGACAACUGCUGCAUGCAACUGGUUUCCAAGCCUCAACAAUUUGAUGUCAUGGUUACGCCGAACCUGUAUGGAACUCUAGUGGCAAAUACCGCAGCUGGUAUUGCAGGCGGUACUGGAGUCAUGCCUGGAGGAAAUGUCGGAGCUGAGCACGCUAUCUUCGAACAAGGAGCUUCAGCUGGAAACGUGGGAAACGAGAAGCUAGUGCUUCAGAAAACUGCAAAUCCCACAGCAAUUCUGCUGUCAUCAGCCAUGCUCUUGCGUCAUCUCAAGUUCCCGGCAUUCGCGGAUAAGCUAGAGCAAGCAGUCAUGGGCGUGAUUGCCGAAGGAAAAUACCGUACCAAGGAUCUUGGAGGUCUAAGUACUACACAGGAAGUCGUGGAUGCUGUACUUGAAAAGUUGGAUGUUUAGCUUGUACUUUGGUUUAGUAUCGACAUUUUCUUUGUGUAUGUACAGGUGUGCUGGUGCAUACACCUCCCAAAUUAGAUCAACAUCUCUCUUGCUAUGUGGUUCUUGCACCCCUUAGCCCUGCCUGAGUAGCCGGAUCCGGGGAUAUGAUUUUAUAGAAACAUCAGCCUCGAUGUUCAGCGUCCACAAUGCACCUGAUUUGACAAAGCCGUCUUGAAGCGUGCAUCGUACUUUUCGCAUGAGUGUACAUUGGUGAUAACAGUUGAUGAAGCACUUUGUUAGCUCAAGAUUACUUUUAGUUUGAUAUAUUUCACCAGGACAUCGCAUCACUGGAAAUAAGUGCUGGUGGGCGAAGCCGAGGCCUAGCUGCUGAUCAAAUGCUGUGGGUGCUUGCUUCCAGUAAAAUGUGCAGUUUCUGACAAUCUAGCUGCGAAGUGGGCUACCUUUGACCCCCUGGGGAAUAUUCAAGGAACCCAACUUGUCCGUGUUGUAUUUCCGACUUUGUACCUAUCGCUUCUGAAUUUAUCCAAGACAUGGAACCAGUUUCCGCCCCGAGAGACUUAGCCUCGUUUACUGUGAGCGUCUGCUUUUUGAUGCUCUCUUAUUCCUUCCUACUUGCAACAUCUGUACUACGUGUGGCAAUUGUUGUUCUGAUGUCGUACACUGCUCAGUGCACACGGGCCACGAAGUACAUCAGAGUCCAGGGUUUCAGUCCUGUAUAUGUAAACCAAAGGAGCC